CUUCCAAUUUGUUUGGCCAUAUAUCCCAACUCCCAAUGACUCGUUCAUAGCUUUCCCCGCAGCCAACCCCUCUUCUCCUUCCCUUCUUCCGACACCCCCAUCUUUUCCACCUUCACAUCAUAUCGCAACAAAAGAUGGCUGGAGAGGAGGUGUUCAUAGGAUCAAUUGAUCAGGGGACGACCAGCACCAGAUUUAUAAUCUACGAUCGAGAGGCCAAGCCGGUUGCCUCUCACCAGGUUGAGUUCACCCAGCACUAUCCAGAGGCCGGAUGGGUGGAGCACGACCCGACGGAGAUCCUGGAAAGUGUCCGAGUUUGCAUGGAGAAGGCCGUCGAGAAGGCGGCCGCCGGCGGCCGCCAGGUGAAGGGCCGAGUGAAGGCGAUCGGGCUUACCAACCAGAGGGAGACCACCGUCAUGUGGAGCAAAUCCACCGGCCUCCCUCUCUACAACGCCAUCGUCUGGAUGGACGCCCGCACCAGCUCCAUCUGCAAGAGGUUGGAGAAGGAAUUGUCGGGUGGGAGGAAUCAUUUUGUGGAGACGUGUGGAUUGCCGAUCAGCACCUACUUCAGUGCCCUCAAGAUCUUGUGGCUGAUGGAGAAUGUGGAUGCGGUCGGGGAGGCGGUCCAGUCGGGGGACGCCCUGUUCGGCACCAUCGACACCUGGCUGAUUUGGAACCUCACCGGGGGCUGCGGUCGUGGGUUGCACGUCACCGACUGCUCGAACGCUGCCCGGACCAUGCUCAUGGACCUCAAGACCCUGGACUGGGACAGGCCGACAUUGGAGACACUGCGGAUUCCUGUCGAGAUAUUGCCCAAAAUCAUCAGCAACUCGGAGAUUACAGGUGUGAUCGCCGAUGGCUGGCCGCUUUCUGGCGUGCCGAUCGCCGGCUGUCUCGGUGACCAGCAUGCGGCAAUGCUAGGCCAAUUGUGCCGCAAGGGGGAGGCCAAGAGCACUUAUGGAACUGGGGCCUUCAUUCUUCUCAAUACUGGCGAGGGGGUUGUCAGAUCAUCCCAUGGGCUGCUCAGCACCAUUGCUUACAAGUUAGGCCCCAAUGCUCCGACGAAUUAUGCGUUAGAAGGGUCUAUAGCGAUUGCGGGUGCAGCUGUCCAGUGGCUGAGGGAUGGGCUGGGGAUCAUCCGGACUGCGGCGGAGAUCGAAAAGAUGGCGGAGUCGGUGGAGAACUCGGGAGGGGUGUAUUUUGUGCCGGCGUUCAAUGGAUUGUUUGCACCAUGGUGGAAGGAGGAUGCGAGAGGAGUGUGCGUAGGGAUCACAAGGUUCACAAAUAAGGGGCACCUUGCUCGGGCAGUGCUGGAGAGCAUGUGCUUUCAGGUGAAUGAUGUGCUCAAUUCAAUGCACAAGGAUGCAGGGGAGGGAGGAGAAGCGAGGAGCAAGGAAGGGGAAUUCUUGCUUCGGGUUGAUGGGGGUGCCACCGUCAACAAUCUUCUGAUGCAGAUUCAGGCUGAUCUGUUGGGUAGUCCAGUUGUUAGACCUGCUGAUAUUGAGACUACAGCCCUUGGAGCAGCAUAUGCAGCUGGAUUGGCUACUGGUGUGUGGACUGAAGAACAGAUAUUUGCUGUUGAACACAGAGAGAAGACUACCAUCUUCCGCCCCAAACUGGAUGAGGCACAGAGGAAGAGGAGGAAUGAAUCGUGGUACAAGGCUGUGACUAGAACUUUUGAUUUGGCUGAACUUGCCAUUUAGCUAUGUGACUGCUUGCUCCCGACCCAUUACUGGCCUCUGUGGAAUGUUAAAUUCCAUGAUCUUGAUUUUAAAUAAAGUUUUCUUUACAUUCUUAGACUCAGACUAUUCUCCCUGUUAUUGGGCUUGUGAUAGAAAUGAAAAUGGACUAUUCAGUGCUUUGGCAUUGCAUUACUAUAUGAAAUGUUGGGCAAAGUCUAUUAUCUCAGUUAUGCAGAUGAAUACUGAGAGAAAUAUUUGUUCUGUUAAGGAUCUCUGCAGUGUGGUUUUUAUAGUUUCAAACUAAAAGAAUGAAGAUUUGAAGAUAUUCUGA